GGAAGCAGCAGUGUAACAGACGUGAUUAGGUUUAGCAUUAGCUCAGUUUGGGAUGAUUUUUCGCUGAUUUUACAUGUUCUUUGUGAAUUAAAACCUAAAAUGGCGUCAUCAGAGGAAAAGCACGGCACUAAGAGAGCCGCCUCUCCCGUGCAGGAUGGAGCAUCUCAGUGGGACUCUGCAGAUUUGGGGAGCGAUGAGAGAAAGCAGAAGUUCCUCCGACUUAUGGGAGCCAGCAAGAAGGAGCACACGGGACGCCUGGUCAUUGGAGAUCACAAGUCCACAUCUCACUUUCGCACAGGUCAGGAGGACAGACGUAUGAACCGAGAGCUGGAGGAUCAGUUUCAACAGGGACUUGACGGAAAACUGUCCGGACGAAACCAACGCCACUGUGGCCUCGGAUUCAGCGAGCCUGAACCUCCUCCUUCAGAGACUGAAUCCACAAAACCCUCGGAAACACCCAGAGAGCAGGACUCCCAAAAAACGGACUCAAAACCAGAACCUGAGCCAGAUCCUAAACCCGAGUCCAGACCUGAAACAAGACCCGAGUCCAGACCCGAGUCUCAAUCGGACCAGCGGAAAACCUUCAAAAUGAACUUUGUCAAAUCCACGUGAUAUCAGUUAUAUUUGAACUUCAGGAAAACUGUUCUGACUUUUCAUUUGUGAUAAAAAUUUAAAGGUCCUAUAUUACUCAAAACUCUUGUGAGCUUUAAACCAUGUUAUAAUGCUGUCCUCCUCAAAAACAGACCUGGAGUUGUGUUUUGUUUCAUUCACACAUGAUUGAGUAACUCUUUAUUAUUAGUGUGUCUGCAUCUCCAAAGCUCAAAAUGCUCUGUUCCACCAUAUGAUGUCAUGAAGUGGUAGUUUUCAAGUUAACAGCUCCUUUUUUCCAAAUUAUUCUAGUGAAGGUGUAUGGAAUUUAAAAAGACAGUGGAGCACUUCCUGUAUUAUCAUAUGAUGACAUCACAAGGUGGCACAGAGUGUUUUCUGUUUGAGAAUAACUCUAAAGGGUUUAUGUGUUAAACAUGUGUGAAUGAAACACAACUCCAGGUCUGUUUGUGCUGAGGAAACAUUAGAACACAGAUCAGAGAAUAGUGUAAUAUGGACCCUUUAAGGUGUGAAAUGUGAUGACAUGGAACCAUCCACAGGGGGCGACAAAAGUGACUGUAAACAACAACAAUUUAACUCUUCAGAAAACAUCACUGAGGCUUAAACUGGUUUAUGCUGAUCUUAGGCUGGGCUCAUGCACGCAGGUUUGUAGCUGUAACUUCAUGUGAGUUUUUUAAAUAAAAUCCUUGGAAGUAG